GUCGUUGCAGAGGCCGCAAGUGAUUUUGCCCGAGGAUCAGGAUUUUGUGAAGCACUUGGCGCAGGCGGCGGAGCACGCGAUGCUGACGAUGGAGCAGAAGGUGCAAUGCAGGCGGCCGGGUUCCAUCGGGUUCCGGGGUGAUUUUUUGGACGGCGGG